GUUCCACAGCUAUUCGUGUCAUCCUGAGGAGUUGAAUAGACGAGCAUUAGAUACACUUCCGCGCGCGUAAAGUUGAUCUAUUUGGAACAGGAUCACUACUACAGUGUAUUUGAAGAAUAGAGGGUGAAUGUUUCCUUCUCUGUCUUCUGCAGCUGUCUUUAAUGUUUGAUCAGGACAAUUCCUCACCUUUGAACCGUUGGAACGACCUAUCGUGAUGUCUUUGGAAUCACCCGACAUCACUGCACCACCUGUACCAAAACCACGAGCACGCUACAGGAUAAAUAAGGCUGGAAGAAGAUUAUCACUUGAAAGGGAAUCUGUGUGGUAUGAUAGGCCUACAGAAGCAUCGUUGCCAAGAGGGGCAUCCCUUGAGGAAAAUUACACUCCUUUCCGUGUCCCCUCUGUGGAUGUGCCUGGCGGCGGUGACUUGGCGCCUGUCAAUAUCCCCUACACUGAGGUGCCUUGUGAACUCCCCAUCAGUCAAAGCCCACAGGAACCCACAGACGAUGCAAAGCAGAGCAGUGUGCUAACACCAAGCUCGCCAACAUGUCCACCCUCACACGUACCCCCACUAAGCCCCCUGGAGGCCUCUGCUCCGGAGCCAGAGCCAGAGCCAGAGCCAGAGCCAGAGCCAGAGCCAGAGCCAGAGCCAGAGCCAGAGCCAGAGCCAGAAGCACAGCCAUACCCAUAUCCUCUGCCUGAGCCUGUGACUGAGCUUCAGCUGGAGACUGUACUAGAGUCUGUGACUGUGCCAGAGCCUCCACCCGAGCCCACAGCACCACCACCACCACCAGCGUCAGACUCCUCCAAUGAAGAGGAGUACCCCAUGACCCCAGACUCCCUCAAGUCAGAUGACGAGAUGCUUGGUGGAGAGACAGCGGAACCCCACGCCCCAUCUGAGCCAGAAGGAGCUUUGGUCUCCAGAACUGUUCCUGAUGGCCAGAGGUUUAGUUUUAAAAUGGCCACACAACAACCCACCCCAACACCAAUCGAAAAACAGAUAGAGGCCCAGCUGGAAAAACAAAAAAUACCUCGGGCGGCCACCAUUCGCGUGAGCAGGAAAAAGCAGAGCCCCUCAGGGUUAGCCAGGGCAGCCCCUCCUGCAGAGGCUCGACACGCAGGGAGCGUCGUGUCACGAUCCAGCUGGCUGGACGUGUGGAAAGGGCGAAAACAUAAUGUCUUAUGGGCAACCCUGGACGGACAGCUGAUGUCACUGUGGAAAAAGCGCUCAGACAAGUUCACUGAGUAUGUCUUCCACGUGUCCAGCAUCACCAACGUGCGGCAGCAAGGCAGUGGCCGCUUCUCCAUCCACUUCGGCAAGAAGCACUUUGAGUUCAUGGCCCACAAUGAAGCUGUGAGGGAGGGCUGGGUCACCUCCCUGCAGGCCACGCGAGGGACAGAGCCCCUGCCGCCACCCGACCACCACGGCCCCCUCACCAUGAAGGACCCGCGCACCAAGGUGUACGCUGCCAUAUGCGGACACAACCUGUGGAUCUACAGCAAGAAAGAGGACUUUAACUUGGGCAUCGGCAUGACCUGUGUGUCCAUGAACGUUGCAUCAGUCAAGCAGACAGGCCGACACGGCUUCAGUCUUAUCACACCAUACAAGACCUUCAAUUUCUCUGCGGACUCGUCUCGAGAGCUGGGCGUUUGGUAUAACUGUCUGAGCCAGGGCAUCCUGAGUGCCCUGUCGUGCAGUGAGGUGGCUCAUCGGCUGUGGGCCAGCCCCUGGAACAAGGUGUGUGGCGACUGCGGCAGCCCCAACCCAGAGUGGGCCUCCAUCAACCUCCUGCUGGUCAUCUGUGAGGACUGCGCGGGCCAGCACAGAGCCUUGGGAACAAGCAAGUCCAAAGUGCGCAGUCUGAAGCUUGAUAGUAAGGUCUGGACAGAACCAUUAUUGGAGCUGUUUGUGGUGUAUGGUAACAAGGCAGCCAAUGAUGUUUGGGGUUACAACAUACCUGCAGCGGAGCAGAUACUACCAGACGCUGCCACAGCAGAGAGGGAGGCGUUUAUCAGAGACAAGUAUGUCAAGGGCAUCUAUAGGAGGUCCCACCCACUGGCAUCCAACAGAGACCUCCUCGAACAGAGGCUUUGCCAGGUGGUGUGUGGGCCGGAUGUGGCAGAGACCUUGUCUCUGAUCUGCUCGGGGGCGCGGGUCCUGUGCCGGACCGGAGAUGGGCCCAUCGCCCUCGCUGAACAGGCUAACCAAGCCCUACAGGUGGAACUCCUGAGGCACAAUGAAUUCCUGGAGACUCCAACCUUUGACCAGCUGGUGAGCUCCAAAGACAAUCCAGGGCUUGAGGAGCUGCAUGGGAAACUGGAGGAUGAGCGCUUCCUCUUCUCACAGGAGAACCAAUCGGCCGCGUGUGACGUCCUCGACCUGAGGGAGGUCAUUGCCAUCUAUGAUCGAUCUGAGGGGUCAGUUUAUGAGUUUGACAUGCUGACACUGACGGACAAGCUGAUUUGCAAUGCGAACAACCAGGAGACUCUUCUCAUCCACUUACUUCACAUAUUGAAGGUGGUGCUUCCAGGCAAUGUGCAGGAGAGUGAUGUGACGGGGCUGCUGGCAGCCUCACGUGUGUCGAUGCGUGAGGGCAGCGGUCUGCAGCACACGGAGGCCUGGGUAGCCCUUAGAGCCGGCGAGCUGCUGCUGUUUCCCACUGAUGCCAAGAGGGCCAAGGAGAGGCUCGCCCUGUUUGGAGACCAACAACACAAUCUCAAUGCUGCCGACAACAGAGUGGAGAUGGACCUCGGGGAAAGGACACUGUCGCUGCAGUUCGAGAAGCAGAGUAGCUGCACCAGCUGGUUCGGUCUGCUGCAGAGGGCAGUGCGGACGGCUCCGGCUCGGAGACCGAGCCAAGGCCAGACUCUGUACCCUGAGCUCUGCACGUCUUGUGACACAGUGCCCCCAGCCGUUCAGAAGUGCAUAAGCCACAUCACCAGACAUGGUCUGAAGGUGGAGGGCCUGUACCGGCGCUGUGGCAUAGCCAAGAAGACCAGCCAGCUGGUGGAGGCCCUGAGGAGGCAUCCGGACUCAGCCAAGCUGGAGACGGACGAUCAGGGCAUCUUGGACACCGGGAGCGCCCUCAAACAGAUGAUCCGAGACCAGCUGGAGCUCAUCCCCCAGGCACACAAGGACCAGUGGGUCCAUGCAGCAGCUGUCCCUCACGAGGCCCUGAGGCUGCAGGGGUAUGCCAGACUGGUGAGGCAGCUGCCCGCAGAGAGCAGGGACAUCCUACAGGUGCUGUGUGGACACCUCUACCAGGUGCAGGUGCACAGCCAGGAGAACCGCAUGACGGCCCAGAACCUGGCGCUGGUGUUCGUGCCCUCUCUCUUCCAGGAGUUGGCCAUGAACACAGACAUGGUGCGGCUCACACGGGAGCUCAUCAUACACCACGCUCUCGUCUUCCAGGUCAGUGUGGAGGACACCAUAGACGGUGUACAGGAGGAGCAGUUGGAAGAAGAACGGGAGGAAAUCAUCACCGUCUUCUAAAAUCACGAAGACAAG